CGGAGAGAGAGAGUGAGAGGGAUCAAUUAGGCCCAGAACACCAUUGUUUUACGGUAAGCCAAAUGAAGGGAGAGAGGGAAGUUCGAAACCCAUUGUUUUGGCUCUUGAGAGGGAAAACCAUUGUUUUCGCUCUUGAGAGGGAAGCCCAUUGUUUUCACUCUUGAGGGAGCCAUAAAUGAAGAGAGCAAUUUCAGAGAGAAGGAGGUAGUUGUUUUGAGGGAAGACACUGAGUGAGAGAAGAGAAGAGAGGGUGGUGGAAAGGAUACCCACUUUUGGGAUAUGGCAGAGGAAAGAACCAGAGGGGCGGGAAGCAGAUUCAGAGCUCAUGAGAGUGAGGUACCCGGUUUUGGAGAGAUUGCUGCAGAGUUUCUGGCAGAGAAGAAGAACAGAGGAGAGGGAUUGCAGCUUGCUGGAAGCCAAUCAACAUCGCUCAAGGGGAAUUGCUCAGGCAUGGUUGCAAAGCUGUUAGCAAUCCUUAUCGUCGGAUUCCUCGCCGGAGCCCUUCCGGGGCCCGUGCUGGCUCAGAACUGCGGCUGUGACGCUGGCCUGUGCUGCAGCCGAUGGGGCUACUGUGGCACCGGCGAUGACUACUGCGGCACCGGCUGCAAGUCCGGUUCGUGUUAUACGACGCCUAGACCUAGUAGUAAUAUCCCGGUGCCCGCUGUUGUGACAGAGGGAUUCUUUGAUAGGAUUAUUGAUCAAGCCGAUGCAAGCUGUGCCGGAAAGAACUUCUACACCCGGGCGGCGUUUCUGGAUGCUUUGAAGUCGUAUCCUCGGUUUGGCAGGGAAGUUUAUGUGGAUGAUUCUCUCUAUGAGAUAGCGGCCUUCUUUGCACAUGUUACACAUGAGACUGGAAACUUUUGUUAUACAGAGGAGGAUAACGGUGCCUCGAAGGACUAUUGUGAUGAGACCGACACACAGUUUCCAUGUGUGUCCGGGAAGGAUUACUAUGGGCGUGGACCCAUUCAACUAUCAUGGAACUACAACUAUGGUGCAGCUGGCGCUAGCAUUGGGUUUGAUGGCUUGAACAAUCCUGAAAUAGUAGCAACCGAUGCUAGCAUAUCAUUUAAGACUGCCUUGUGGUUUUGGAUGAGCAAUGUGCACUCUGUCAUAGGCCAAGGGUUCGGUGCGACCAUUCGGGUUAUUAACAGUAACGAAUGCGAUGGGGGAAACACUGCUGCUGUCCAUGCCCGUGUCGAGUAUUUUACAGAAUACUGCAAUGAACUUGGUGUUUUGCCGGGAGAUAAUCUCACUUGCUAGUUCUGGGGUUAGCUUUUCCCAAUUAUGUUGUUUCAAUCUUUAUGGUUAUUAAUUACUUUUUAGGCAGCUGGAACCAAAAGUUGUUAUCAAGAAAUUCGCUGAUGGUACUUUUGGGUCCAACUACUGAAACACUUGUGUUUGAAAUUCGUGAACUACUUCACUCCAAUCAAAUCCUAGUACACUUGUCUUAUUCUAGAA